AUUUGUAUAAAAAUAUAUUUCUUCGUGAAUAUAUUAAUGAGAAUAUCGAUAUUAUGGAUGUGGAUUUGCUCAGACCAGGCACCGUGCCUAUUUCGCCGGACACGAUAUUAUGGUUUGAGUUUUUACUAAACCCUUCGUUGCUGCAGAAACACUUGUCAAAACCCUUCCCAGAUCCAUCACCCACAGACUUGAUAAUAAAAUUUAUGACGAUUAAUUCUGAUCAAAAAGAGACUGAGCCGAAAGCAAUUGAUACAGAACCAAAUGAUAUAAAGCCCAAUGGCACAAACAAAUGGUCUCACAGAAAUUUAGCAUUAAAGAUACUUUCUUUGAAAGUAGCAGCUUAUCUCAAAUGGGAUUUGGAUAUACUAGAAAAGAAGUUACCUUUACCAAUACAAUUGACAUUAUUGCAAGACUUAUUUUAUAUCGUUGCAGAUGUUGUGACAGAAAUACCUACAAUUCCAGAAUUCUUUACAGAAACCUCUGAUCAGCUUUUGUUUACAUUGGUUUUAUAUCAUAGAUGGCAUUUAAGAGCUAUUAUUUACAGGGCUCUCAGUAAUAAACAACCAAAACAACAGUUAUUUCAUAUACCUGGUACUCAAGAAUCGACGUAUGUACCUCCAGGUAUAGUAGAUGAUAUUAUUAGGAAAUUAGAAGCACAUAUAUCAAACAGUGUAAAUGCUUUAAAUAAUAUUUUACAAAUGUCGGAUAUCAAGCCAAAGAUUUUGUCUUUUGAAACUUUUCAAAUGUUAACUGAGGAUAGUACGGAGAUCAAACAAAAUUGGGAAAAUAUGUCUUUAGUGAACAUAGAUGAAUUUAAAUGUCAGAUACAUUAUGACCUUGCAAUGUUUCACUUGUUGAGGGAAGAGUAUCAAGAAGCUAAACGUCAUAUUAAACAAGCGAAGGAACUAUAUAAUAAUUUUAAUCCGGCAGAAAAAUUAACGUAUUGCAAAGUGCAAAGAGAAUUUUUGGACGGUUGUUGUUUAGCAUGCGAAGUGCCACUAGAGGAAGUCAAGCCUACACUUACGCAACGUUUACAUGCCUCUAUCAAAGAUCAAUACACUAAUAUAUUGCAGAUUUUGCAAGCAGAUAAUAUUUUCAGAGAAAUACCACAGGUUUAUAGAGAUAAUUUGGAGUUGGAUAUACAAGGAGGAUUAGUUAACAGGAAAUUUGUGGUCGCCCGGGAUCUUCUACUGCAAAUAGAAUGUUUGAAUCUAGUUAGAAAAAUCCUUGAUAAUAACAUAAUCUUGGGUGAUUAUAUAACUGAAAUUAAAGCAGCUGGAAUGAAGGGUCUGGAUAUCUUAUUCUGGGCUUUAGAUAAUAUCUUGGAAAAAGCAACGGCUAUAGAUAAAAAACGAAUUUCACGUUAUCUCCUUUACCUUGUAAACACUGCGAAUAUAGAAGGAUUUGCUUUAAAGAUACUCAACAAUCCUUCUUAUGAGUCAUUGUUCGAUGAAAAAGAACUUGUUGUUUUUCAACAAGCAGCUGUUUCUGAUGAGAUCGAAAUACCAGACUUAUUACUACAUAAUAACUGGGGUAUACCAUCUGUACCAUAUAUACAACAAGCAAGAGUUGAAGUGUUCGAGUUGGAACAAAAAUUGAUAGAAUCAUAUGAUUGUCAUGUGAUUCGUGAAACAUUGAUUCAUUUGGACGGGAAACAUCGAAUGAAACCCUUAUGGCAUGUAAAUAGUUGUUGGGAAUUGCCCAUUCCAUUGCAAAGUGUAUUAAUGACAAUUCCCAGAGGUUUCAUUCAGGAUUACUCAUACGUUCUACUCGCGAAGAGUCGAGAAUUAGUGUCUUCAAAAAAUUUUGAUGGUGCUAUCGAGCUUCUCAAAAAAUUGGAUGAAGAGCUACAGGAACACGUGAAAAGUGGAAUCUCGUUGGUCUUCAAGUUGUGCAAGUUGGUGAACUGGGAAUGUCUACUCGUCGAAAUAUGGAAGUGUUUCCAAGUUUGGCCGGCGACGAAUGUCUGUGAUGUACAGAGUAUGAUUGCACGGAGUAAACAGUGCCUUGGUGCAUUACAAGCAUCCGAUCAGUUGAUUCCGCGGCAAGAAAUAAUAGAAUAUUGUACAGUCUUUCUUCUUAAUAUGGCUGAAUGGGAUUAUCUUACUAAUAUGGAAAAGCGUUGGAGUUAUACUGAAUUUGCAGCUGCCAUCAGUAACGUUUGCCAAGAUAUUGUUAAGUAUAAAGGGACCCGCAAAUUUCCACGUGAUGCGUGGGAUAUGAUUUUAGCAGCGUUUGGUCCUAAUAGAGAUCAAUCACAAAAACGCAGCAGCAGUAGCAGUAAUAGCGGUAAUUCUGGUUCAUCAAGAGAUGUGGCCGCCAAUAUUGUCGUUACAUUUACUCGGCUACGAGAACCUAUGGUCCUCACUGUUGUGAUAUCAUUAUUGGCCCGUUUACGCAACGUCUUGCGUGAUGAAUCUAGUUUGGAGUUACAUACGCAAUAUCUAUCCCUUUGGCCUGCUGGAGUACCAAAUGCGAAUUCUUAUAACAUCAGACAUAUUGGAGAAUUAUUGUUCCAAUUAUUAACGCAAGCUUUAAAAUAUUAUCCCUGCAAUGUGCCUUGGUUGAGAUUAAUGGGUGAUCUUAAUUUUGUUUUGUCAUAUUAUGAAAGUGCAAUGAAAUAUUAUUUAGAAGCUAUAAUGAUAGCCAGCGAUUUGUUUAGUCAACCGAUACCACGCACGCAGAUAGACGAUCUUGUCUACAGAAGGAUGAUCAAAUGCUGCGCUCAUUUACAGUGCUACACUCAAGCGGCUGUGCUCUGUCAAUUUUUGGAAGAGGUAGAUUAUUCUCUAGCAUUCAAAAUGGCAGCCAGCGAUCAAAAAAGCUGUGCCGCAGCUGAUGCUAUGGACGCGUAUUAUCAUUGCAUCUGGGAUACGACGAUACUCGAAUAUCUCAUACACUUACAUACAAAGCGUGGAGAGCAUCACAGAAAGCAACUUGCGAUCAAAGUCAUCGGUUUGUUGGAAUUGAAUUCUAACAAUAAUGAAGAGAUCCAAAGAGAAGCGGCUAAUAUCCGUAAAGCUAAAUUUUUAAGAGCUUUAGCAAAACAAUAUGUUUAUUAGAAUGAUUGGAGCACUUUUUUUUUUUACAUAUUUAUAUAUAAUACCUGUAUAUGUACAUCAUUAUAAACAUCAUGUAAAAAUAAAUAUGUUGGAUUAGAUUGA